AUGAUUCACGAGAUCAUACUAAGCCUUAUAGGCCAAACAGGGGAUAUAAUAAUUUUAGUGGAUAAAAGGAGAAAUAAAACGAAGAAGGAUAACAAUUUAAAUAUAGAUGAAUACUGUUUUGAAGUAAAUAAUAACAUUCACAUAUUUUUAAGUUCAGAAAUAAAAAUAAUUAACGAAAUUGUUCAGUUAGGUUACUGCUUUUACAUAAUAAAUAUCUUCUGUUUGUUGGUGAAAAAGAAUACAAUUUAUAAAAAUCUGACGCACAUACAUAAAUUUAACAAAUUAAAUGAAGAACGAAAAGGAAGAAAAAGAAAAGAUUAUGCGAACGAAAAAAUACAAAGAGAUGAAGACAUCCCAAGGAAUGCAAGUUCUUCUUUUACAAGUUCGUCUUCUACAAAUUCGUCUUCUACAAGUUCAUCUUCCAUAAGUUCCUCUUGUGAAUCAUCCUCUUCAGGCAACGAAUCAGAAGAGAUUAAUAAUUUGAAUAAUUCAUUCCAAAAAAGAAAAUACGAAAAAAAAAAUGAAAUAGAUAACUACUUUGGUGUAGUUUUAAGAAAUAUAAAAAGUCUGGAUAAUGUAAGUCCUUAUGGAUAUUAUGCAAAUGGAAUAAGCAAUGAAAUAAAUAAAUUUAUGAGGAGAUAUUUAAAAAAAAUUAGUGAGAUCGAAGAAUAUAUAAAUAAUAAUAGUAAUACUCCAUUAACACAAAUUUUAACAAUGCUAGAAAAAAAAAGAGAAGAAAUAAUAAUAAUUAUAAAUAUUAUAAAAAAUUAUUUAGAAUUUCAAAAAAAGGAAGAACAAAAUGUGUUACAAGGGGAAAGUAGGAAUAAAACAAAGGAAAUUUUAGACUACUUGUAUGAAAAUUGCUUAAACGGAAAUUCACGAAUUAAAAGCAUAUAUCAUAGAUAUUUUAAAAAUUUAGGGAAAAUACUGUUACAUCAAACAUUUUCCUGGAUGCUUUAUGGACAGCUAUUAGAUCCAUAUUAUGAAUUUUUUAUUCAAAAAAGGCAAUUUAUCUACUCAGAUGAUAAAAAAAUUUUCUUAUCACCAGAAGAAUUAUAUGAAAAUUUAACAUUAACCAAUGUACAGAGUUUAAAUUUUGAGUGGAAUUAUUUAUUCUUUCAAUCUGUUUCAAAUCUGCCAGACUGCUGCAUAGACAAAGUUGCUGGUCGAAAAAUCUUGUUCAUAGGAAAAUCAAUUCGUAUAUUAAUUAGAAGCAAUAAAUGGAGUACCAGUGAUAUUACGAAACUCUUUUCGAUUACCAAGAUACUGUCAAAAGCGUUUGAUGAAGCUCCCACGAAUGGAGGGUAUAAAAAAAUUGCAAGUUUUCAAAGAGGUUAUAAUACAAUGAACAAUGAAAAUGGUGUAGGUAGUGAAAACGGGUUGUACCAUGCAAGCAGCUUGAAUGCCACAAAAGGUGGUGUGCCUACGAAUACUAAUGAUUACUUACGCUCUUUAAACAUUUCGAGCUCAGACAGUUCUGUUAAUAGUUCCGAUGAAUAUUCUUCAGAUUCUAAAAAUGAAUCUAUAAACUUGUAUUGUAAAGAAAUAUUUGAUAUUACAAUAGAAAAGAUUAGAAGCAUAGUAGCCUAUAAGUUGUGGAAAUAUAUAGUUAAGGAUAUAAAUUUAAUUAAAAUAUUUUAUUUGUUUAAAGACAUAUAUUUACUAAAUAAUGGAGAUUUUUAUGAUUAUUUUUUAGAAAAAUCUUGGUCUCUUAUGCACACGCCUCCGAAUUCGAAAAAUGAAAUUCUGCUAAAAGUUUUAGCAUGGAAAAGUUCAUCUAUGUUAGCAGAAAAUUACUGUAAAUAUAUGUAUGAAAACAAAGAAGAUAAAUUAAUUUUAGAGAAAUAUGAAAAUAUGCUAUUUACAGAAUGUAAUACUAAUGAAAAUGAGUCUAUCUUUUUUAACAGCACGAAUGGAUACUAUUUUGACACAGAUAAUUCAGAAAAUAUUAUUUCGAGAUAUUUUUACCCUAGAAUAUCUUAUAAAAAGUUCUCUUAUGAUUCCUUCGAAAGAGAAAAAUAUGAGAAUUUAAUAUUAGGUGGCAUGUGCUAUAUAUAUGAUAAAAAAAUCGUUCUAAAUGAUUUUUACAAAGGGAUACAAACAUUGUAUAAAAAAAGAUACUACGAUUACGACAACAUUUUUAGUGUAUGUAUAAACAAUUAUAGACAACAAAUACUGAGAGGAUUUAAACAUGGCUUCGAUUUUGCUGUAAAUUUUAACAAUUUUUUUGAUAAUAAAUAUAUUGACGUCAAUAAUAAAAGUAGUACAAGUGUAGAAGCAAUGGGUACACACAAUAAUACAAAACAAGAAUGUAAUAAUGAAAAUUUUCUUGUAGGUUGCUGCUUUGCGUUGGUUAUCCAUUCGGUGAAAAAUCCUUUACUUUAUAAAGCAGAUGUAUUGAAUAGUUCUUUAGGAUAUUGGGGAUCCCUAGGGGAUUGUUUAUCCGUUGAAAUAAAAGUAAAAUUUUACGAAAAGAAAAAUAGCAAAAAAGACAGUACUACCAUAUCUAAACACGAAAUCGAUCACACUAUUCAACAUGCUAGCAGUUUUAAUAAUGUGAUAUUAGGAGAUGUCGAAAUAGAAGUUUCCCUGUUUAUAGGGGGAAAAGGUAUAUCCUCUUUUGUUCAUAACAGUGGUAGUUACACUGUGGAUUAUGCAAAAGAAUCCAUUUUAAAUAACAAGAUUUGGGCAGACAAUAUAAACCAUGAAAAGAAAAGGCUAUAUGAAGAUAUGGAAAACAAUGAAAAUUAUUUAAGAAAGAGAAAUACGAAUAAUGUAAAUGUAACAGAUCAGGAUAACUUAAAGAGUGAAAAUAUGGAAGGAAAUAAUAAUGAAGUUACAAAACAACCUGUGUUAAAAAUUCAGAGCAAUAAACAAAUAUUUCAUGACAUAAAUAAAAAUACGUUAACAAAAUUUCGAGUUCGAAUAAAUUGUUUGAAGCAUUCUUUUAGUGUAUAUAUACAAAAAUUGGAUGAAUAUAACAUCCAACUGAAUAACCCGAAAAAUAAAAUAAAACCAAUUAUACAUAUUAGAGCUCUAGAUAUGACACAAGCAUUUUCCCUCGAUAUUGGAAAUGGAUACAUAGGAUUUUACACGUCCCCAAUUUUAUUUAAACACAAAUUAUUGAAAAAGAAGAAUAAACUAAAUGAAUGGUUCAAGCGAUUUUACAAUGAUACUUUAAAUGCUGAUUCUACUAUUUAUAAGAAGAAUUUUUUUUUUAACAUGGGAGAUGAAAAAAAUAAGGAAGUUAUACAAAAUGAAAUAAGAAAUAUAAACAAAAUAAUUUCGUACAAGAAUUGGAAAAAUCAAAUGAAGGGAGAAGUGGACACAUGGAUGAGCAGGAAUAAUAAGGAAAAAAUGAAAAAUAUGCUUAUAUUCAGUUCUUAUGACUGUUCAGUGGAAAUAUACAAAUGGUUUCAUCAGUCGUAUAAAUCUCCCAUAGAAAUUCCUGAAAUUGACAUAGACAAUGAAACACUGAUAUUUUAUGAUAAACAAAUAAAUAAGAAUAUACAAAUUCAUAGUGGACUGAAUUUAUGGAAUAAUAUAGAAAUAUAUUUUAAACUUACAUGGCCAAUAGCACUAAUUAUUAAUACGAGCACUAUAUACACUUAUAAUUCUAUUUUCCAAUUCCUUUUUCUUCUAGGUAGAAUUUAUUAUAAUUUAAAAAUUUUAUGUUAUCAUAAUAGACAUUUAUAUAAAUACUUAAAUUUUAAAAAAGGGGGAUUAUUAUUUUCUUACUUGUUUUCUAUUAGAUAUAAAAUGCAAUUUUUUUUUUUUCAUUUGAUUAAAUAUUUACAAGAAGAUAUUAUUAAUCAUGAAUACAAGUUAAUGAUUACACAAAUUCACAAAUCGAAAGAUUUUGAAUAUACCAAAUCUAUUCAUGACUUAUACAUUUCUCAAGUUGCCACGAAAUGUUUUUUACGUGUUCAAGACAUAACAAAUCCGUUAUUGGAGUUGAUAGAUACAUCUUUCAAAUUUUGUUACUUCUUUCAGUGUUUAAUAGAAAACGAGUUGUUUACAGAUAUAUUAAACUACGAAAUGAUUAGUGAAGAUGAAGAAAAAAAAAAAGAAAAAAAAAAAGUGGAUAUGAAAGAGGUAGAAAAUGAUAUAAAUAAUGACAAUAGUGAUAAAAAUGAUAAUGAUUUAAAUCAAGUUAUUGAAAAGUUACUACAGUAUAAUGAUAACUUUAAUGAAAAACUAGUUAGUGUUAUAAACGAAAUGAUGAACAUAAGUUCAAGCAGUAAUCAUGCUUAUCUUAUUCAUUUGUUAACUAUACUGGAUUUUAACGGCUACAUAAACAAGAUAAAGGAUUCUAGGAUCAAUAAUAAAUCCAUCGAUGCUUGUAUAACUGAUAGCACUAGAACUGAUGGUAGAUUCCAAAAUGAACAAGAGGAGCGUAAAAUUAAUCCUGAACAAGAUGGUGUCAUGAUAGAGAGUGGUAAUCUCAAUUUCACUAAAGCAUUCAAUGACAACAUGGAAGAUGAAAAAAGGGAUAGCAACAAGAGAGAUGAUAACAAAAUGGAAUAUUCGGACAUUGAGAAUAUAAACAUGAGUGAUAAUUAUUACUUAGAUAAAAAGGAAAUUUACACAAACAGAUUACUAAGCGGGGCUAACAUUUCACUAAGUGGUAUAUCACAGAAUAUUAGCACAAUGAAUGAAAUUCAUGGAAUGAGCAAUGUAAACGAGGUUGUUAAUAAAAAAGAUUUUAUAAAAAAGAGAAUAGUUAACAAGUUUAGCAACUUGUUGUGCAACAAUGUUGAUGAGAAAUGGAACAUACAAAUGAGCAAAUUAAAUGGUUACAACCAAAAUGGCAUACCAGAAUCGACUGAUAAAAGUCUUAUCAGUGGAGGUAUUAUCCCUACUGCUGGGGUUAAUAACCUCAGAAAAUACAUAAAUGACAAAUGUUACUAUAGCAGCUGUAAUAACGUGAACUACAGGAAUGAGGGCGGCAGCAAUGGAUACAACUACAACAGUGAGCACUCCUAUAACUAUAACAACUACAACGUUUUAAUUGACAAGUACUCAAAUAUACUCAACAGCUACACGCAUAACAGCAGCAGAGGAAAUUCGGUUAAUCCGGCCCCACAAAAUUAUGUAAAUAAUUCGAAUUUAGAAUCAUACAAGACACCGUUAGAUGUAGCUAAAUUAAGACAUAUAAGUGGCAUUCCAAAUAUGGCGGACAAUAUGAACAUUGCUAAUGUCGGAAACAUUGGUACUGGCCCCAAUGCUCCCAGCAUUAAUGUGUACAACAUAGAUACUGGAAUGUACCAAAAUAAUAAUGUGAUAAAUUAUGAAAACAGUCUGAUAAACAAUACAGUGGGAAGAAUGGAUUUAAAUAGCAGAAUCAAUUUAAAUCAAAAUAUAUUAAAUGUUAACUACGGUAAGAAUAAUAACACGACAACUGAUUUAAAUAGUCACCACGACUUAAAUAUUAAAAAGAAUUUUAAUGUGCAACAAUUAUUGGACAAUUAUAAUUAUAGCUAUGAUGGGUUCUCGGAAAACAACUCAUUUACAAGCCAUAACGUGAAUAAACUUAGCAACGAAAAUAAGAACACAUCCCAAGGAUAUAACAUUUCUGACGCUUCUAAUUAUGGCAAUAUUCCCCUAAAUAUUUAUAGAAAGGAAAAUAACAGCAUACAUGAAACAAAUCGUGAAAAAUAA